CUUUAGUGGACGCGGACAGAGCUCUGACGCAGCGGAUCAGGCAGCGGCGCAGACAGGAGGAUGUUUUUUAGACGAGUGUAUCUUCUGCUUUUCUGCGUGAGCGUCGUUGUUUUUUCCGUCCCCAUCGACAGAAAUGAAAUUCCUCAGGAGCCGAAGGAGGAACCUCAGGAGGAGAACAUGGACACAGGUCUGUACUACGACCGGUACCUGCGGGAGGUGAUCGAGGUCCUGGAGACCGACUCACACUUCAGAGAGAAACUGCAGACGGCAAACACAGAGGACAUCAAGAGCGGGCGUCUGAGUAAAGAGCUGGACCUGGUCGGGCAUCACAUCCGCACGCGCCUCGACGAGCUCAAGCGACAGGAAGUGUCCCGACUACGGAUGCUGCUGAGGGCCAAACUGGACAGCACCAACACUCAGAGUCUUCAGAUGGAUCACGCGUCGCUUCUCAAACAGUUCGAACACUUGGACCCGCACAACCAGAACACGUUUGAGGCCAAAGACCUGGAGCUGCUCAUCUCCACGGCGACUAAAGAUCUGGAGAACUACGACGCCGAGAGACACGAAGAAUUUAAACGCUACGAGAUGUUAAAGGUUCAGAUCUGCAGACGCACACAGACACACAGACACACACACACAGACACACAGACACACACACACAGACAGACACACACACACAGAGGCAGUGUGGAUCAGCUGAGGGAGGUGUGGGAGGAGACGGACGGACUCGACCCCAAAGAGUUUAACCCCAAAACUUUCUUCAAACUCCACGACGCAAAUGAAGACGGCGUUCUGGACGAGCAGGAGCUGGAGGCGCUCUUCACCAAAGAGCUGGAGAAAGUUUACAACCCGAAGAACGAGGAGGACGACAUGAUGGAGAUGGAGGAGGAGCGGCUCCGGAUGAGAGAACACGUCAUGAACAACGUGGACCUGAACAGGGAUCGUGUGGUGAGUCUGGACGAGUUCCUCAAAUCCACCGAGAAGAAAGAAUUCAACAGCCACAAAGAGUGGGAGACUCUGGAGACGAAGCAGGUGUACACGGAGGAGGAGCUUCAGCGUUUCGAGGCGGAGCUUCGGGACAAAGAGGAGGAGCUAAAGCGGCGGGCGACGGCGCUCAACCAGGAACAGGAAGUGCUCCGGGAGCGAGGGAAAGCUCUGGAGGCGCAGAGGAGGGAGUACCAACAGGCCGUGCUGGAGAUGUCCCACAGACAGAAGGGGCAGCAGCCUGAGGACGCAGCGCCACCUGCUGGAAACAACGCAGAACUGCACUUUGAACCAGAGGCUCCGAAACAAGAGAAAGUGGAAAACGGCACAGACAUUUUGGUGGAGCCUCCUCAGAACCUUCCUGUCCACACCUGAUCCAUCCUGCACUUAUCCCCGCCCACUUCACUCAGAAUAUCGUAAACUCCUACACAAAAACGCACCCUACAGAGGACGGACGCAAAAACACACCCUACAGAGGACGGACGCAAAAACACACCCUACAGAGGACGGACGCAAAAACACACCCUACAGAGGACGGACGCAAAAACACACCCUACAGAGGACGACGCAAAAACACACCCUACAGAGGACGGACGCAAAAACACACCCUACAGAGGACGAACGCAAAAAACACACCCUACAGAGGACGGAACGCAAAAACACACCCUACAGAGGACGAACUAAAAAAACACACCCUACAGAGGACGAACGCAAAAACACACCCUACAGAGGACGAACGCAAAAACACACCCUACAGAGGACGAACGUAAAAACACACCCUACAGAGGACGAACGCAAAAAACACACCCUACAGAGGACGAACGCAAAAACACACCCUACAGAGGACGAAAAAACACAC